AUGGAGGGGCCCCCCUCUCAUCCUUCUGCUUCAUCGGUGUUACUGUCGCAGCAGCUGCAGCAGCUGCAGCAGCUGCAGCAACUGCAGCAGCUGCAGCAACUGCAGCAACUGCAGCACCAACUGCAGCACCAACUGCAUGCACCCAACCCUCCUCAAACCCCCUCUCCCUUCGUUUCUUAUCAAAGCCUACUUCCCUCAGCACCAGCUGUCUCCAAGCAGGUUGCUGCUGCUGCUGCACAGCUUUCUGUUGCUGCUGCUGCUGCUCGCCUCUCCGCUGCUUCUGCUGCUCUUCAAUCUGCUGCAGCAGAACGAGUUGCGCUAAACAAUCAAAGACAGAGGGGCCCCCCUUCAGGGGCCCCAUCUCCUUAUGCACGGCUUCCAUCUGCUGCUGCUGAAGGACAUGCGGCAGCAGCAGCUGCUGCUGCUGCUACUCCUGCUGCUGCUACUCCAGGGGCUCUUGGAGGUCUAUGCGGUUUGCAGCAGCAACAACAGCACCUACUAUUACAGCAGCAGCAACAGCACCAGCAGCAGCAGCAACACCAGCUACUACUACAGCACCAGCAGCAGCAGCAGCAGCAGCAGCAGCAGCAACCUCUGUAUCCUUUAGAUGCUGCGCUGCAGUUAAGGGGGCCCUUCAUAGAGGGCCCCUUAGCAGCAGCAGGUUUAAUUAGGGGGGCCCCCCAGCUAUCACCUUCGAAGCAGCCGCCUCCUACAGUAGGGGCCCCAGCUGCUGCUGCUGCUGCUGCUGCUGCUGCAGCAACAGCAGCAACAGCAACAGCAGCAACAGCAGAACCUAUCGCGGGUAACCAACUCGCUUCUGGGAGAGGGGGGGGGCCCUUUGCUGCUGGAGGGGGCAGUGCUGCUGCUGCUGCUGCAGCAGCAGCAGCAGCAGCAGCCGAAGCGACACGCACAGAAACAGCGCGAGCAGCAGCUCCAGAUACAGCAGCAGCAGCAGCAGCAUCAGCGGCAAAAGGAGUAGCAGUAGCAACGUCCUCGCAGCUGCCAGCAACAGCAACAGCGACAGCAGCAGCAGCAACAGCGACAGCAGCAGCAGCAGCAGCAACAGCAGCAGCGCCAGCAACAGCAGCAGCGCCAGCGACAGCAGCAACAAUGCCAGCAGCAACGGCAGCAGCAGCAGCACCACCGGCAGCAGCAGCAGCACCACCGGCAGCAGCAGCAGCAGCAGCAGCCCCAGCUGCACCAGCACCAGCAGCAGCACCAGCAGCAGCAGUAGCAGCCCCAGCUGCAUCAGCAGCAGCAGCAGCACCAGCAGUAGCAGCAGCACCAGCAGCAGCAGAUGACUUGGGUAGAGUUGAGCAGCUAAUGCGCUGCCUCAGCCGCGGUUUGGUGCCGCCUGCGGAAGCAGCAGCAGCAGCAGCAGCAACAGCAGCAGCAGCAGAUGCUUCUUUAAGCUCUUCUUUAGGUCUAGGGGCCCCCUUGGGGGGCCCCCUGGGGCUGGGGGAAGGGGGGCCCCUAUCAAGCGGCAUGCAGCAGCAACCUCCAGCAGCAGCAGCAGCAGCAGCAGCAAGUGUGGGUAGUUGCGGGAGUGCAGCAGCAAGGGGGGCCCCCGAAGCGACCCUUCGCUCGCCUCAGCUAUCUGCUGCUGCAGCAUGCAGCACAACAAACACUAAGUCUCUUGCUGCUAUCUUCUCUACUUCCGUUUCUCCUGCUGCUGCUGCUGCUGCUGCUGCUGCUUCGCAACAGCAGCAGCUGCAGCAGCUGCAGCAGCUACAGCAGCUGCAGCAGCUACAGCAGCUACAGCAGCUACAGCAGCAGCAGCAGCAGCAGCAGCAAAUCGGCACCCCUGGGGGGGCCCUUGGGGGCCCCCAGUUUGUCUUUCAGCAACCUGCAGUUUCGCUGCCGCUGCAGCAGGGGGCACAGCUGCAGCAGCAACAGCAGCAGCAGCAGCUCAUGCAGCAACUGAUGCAGCAGCAACCGGCAUUGCAGCAACAGCAGCAGCAGCUGCAGCUUCUGCGACAACAGCACCCACAGCAACAGCAGCAGCAGCAACAACUGCGGCAGCAGCAGCAGCAACAGCUGCAGCAGAAGCAGCAGCAACAACUGCAGCAGAAGCAGCAGCAACAGCUGCAGCAGAAGCAGCAGCAACAACUGCAGCAGAAGCAGCAACAACAGCGGCAGCAGCAACAACUGCAGCAGCAGCAACUGCAGCAGCAGCAGCAGCUCCGACAGAAGCAACACGAGCAAUUGCAGCUGCUACAGGCACAAAUACAACUCCUGCAGCAGCAGCAGCAGCAGCAGCAGCUGCAGCACCUGCAGCAGCAACAGCAGCAGCUGCACCUCCUCCAGGUUGCGCAUCAACAGCAACAACUCCAACAGCAACAGCAACUUCAGCAGCAACAGCAGCAGCAAGAACAGCUGCAGCGGCAAUCUAGACAGCUGCAGCAGAGGCAAGAACGAGCAGCAGCAAAAAAACAGCAGCAGCAGCAGCAGCACACAUUUCCUUCUGCUACAGAGAAGAAUGUAGCACUCCGACGUGCAG